AUGCUCCGAAUAUCGACGACACCGGCUUCCGUGCAACAAACAACAACUAAUCCACCGUCCAUCAUAGCCACCGGCGCUGUCGCUGAGAACGACCGGGCUGCGCGCAGCCUCAGGUCCGCUCGCCGUGCUGCCGCUCAGCAGGCCGCUCCCGUCUGGCCCAGCCCCAGAAACUGGGACUACAAGGAUGAGCCCCGAUGGGACGCAGGCUCCACCGAUCAGUCGGCUGCUGCCCGACAGAGGCGCCGCCCCCAGAUGCCCGAGGAGCCCGAGACGCCCGUCGAGACAGUAGCCCCGCCCAAGGAGGAGGAAGAGCCUGAGGAGCCCUGCACUCCGGUCGGCGAGGAUGAGGUCUUCGACUACGUCGUUAUCGGUGGUGGAGCCGGUGGUAUUCCCGUCGCCGAGCGCCUCGUCCAGGCCGGCCACAAGGUCCUCCUUCUUGAAAAGGGCCCUGCCUCCACCGCCCGCUGGGGUGGUAACCUGAAGCCUGACUGGCUCGAGGGCGAGGACCUCACCCGAUUCGACGUUCCAGGUCUCUGCAACCAGAUUUGGCACGACUCUACCGGCAUUGUCUGCAGUGACAUGGACCAGUUUGCCGGAUGCAUCCUCGGUGGAGGUACCGCUAUCAACGCCGGUCUCUGGUGGAAGCCGCAUCCCCUCGAUUGGGAUGACAACUUCCCAGAGGGCUGGAAGGCCUCUGAUGUGGAGUCUGCUACCAACCGCGUCUUCACCCGCAUCCCCGGUACCACCCACCCGUCUAUGGAUGGCUACCUCUACCAGGACGAGGGCUUCAAUGUCCUCGCCGACGGUCUUGCCAACUCCGGCUGGGAGCGUCUCGACACCCCCAACGCCCACCCUGACAAGAAGAACCACACCUUCGGUCACACCACUUUCAUGUUCUCGAAUGGUGAGCGUGGCGGUCCCCUCGCCACCUACCUCGUCACUGCUAGCCGCAACCCCAACUUCUCCCUCUGGACCAACACGGCGGCCAGGCGUCUCAUCCGCGACGGUGACCGCGUCACCGGCAUCGAGCUCGAGUGCAACGGCGCCACUGGCCGCUCUGGCACCAUCAAGGUCGCUGACACCGGCCGCCUCACCAUUGUCCAGAGGUCUGCCUUGGAUGGCGAGUCCAUGGUCGCCGAGGAGCAGUGGCUCGAGCUCCCCGUUGGUGAGAACUUGAUUGACCAUCUUAACACCGAUGUUGUCGUCGAGCACCCCAACGUUUACCAGUACAACUACACCGCCGCCUGGGCCACCCCCGACGAGAACGACGUCGCCUUGUAUCUCCGCGACCGCUCCGGAAUCCUCGCUGCUGCUGCCCCCAACAUUGGCCCCAUGAUCUGGGACGAGGUUGAGCUCAGCGACGGCUCUACCCGCCAGCUCCAGUGGACUUGCCGCAUGGAAGGCAGCUUGGACUACUUUGGCAACCACACCAUCACCAUGAGCAUGUACCUUGGCCGAGGUGUUGUCUCCCGUGGUCGCAUGGGUCUUACCCCCGCGCUUACCUCCAGGGUCAUCAGCCUUCCUUAUCUCAAGAACGGCACCAACGAUCUCGAGGCUCUCGCCAAGGGUCUUGACAACAUCCGAAACUCCCUUGCCGAUGUCCCAGACCUGACCUUCCUCUCUCCUGCCGAUAACAUCACCACUGACCAGUACCUCGAGGACUACGUCGUCAACGUCGGCCGUCGCUCCAACCACUGGAUGGGUACCGCCAAGAUGGGCACUGAUGAUGGUCGUGAGGAGGACGGCACUGCCGUCGUUGAUGCCGACACCAAGGUUUAUGGUGUUGACAACCUCUUCAUUGUUGACGCCUCCAUCUUCCCUGGUAUGGUCACUGGCAACCCAUCUGCCAUGAUCGUCAUCGUUGCUGAGCGCGCUGCCGAGAGGAUUCUCGCUCUCGAGCUCCCCGCCGCUGAGGCUCCCGAGGAGGAGGAGGAGGCUCCCGAGGAGGAGGCCCCUGAGGAGGAAGCCCCCGAGGAGGAGGCUCCUGCCGAUGAAGAGUAG